AUGGUCACAGCAAUUCGAUCAGUAAUUAGAAGAAUUGCAUAAGAAGAGUAGUCGAGCGUGUCUCCGUCCGGAGGUAUAGAACAAUUUAUUUUGUUUCGCAACAAUUAUUUGUCUAUCAACUUGUCUCAGCGGUGACACAAGCAUUUUUAGUGCUACUGCAUAAAUAUGUGUGAAAAAAAAAGAUGAAAUUCAUUCAAAGGGAUAAAGCUCGCACGAAAUGAUGACCAGAGUGAUUCUUAUUGUUCUGUGCAGCCUUUGCUUGCUGCUGAUAGAAUCAGCGAAUUCAUUAAAAUGCAGAACAGGUGUCCAACAGGCGAAUGAUCAGUACCGGAAGAUCAUACAAAUUUGCAAGAAACGAUCUAUGACUGAUAAUGAUUAUAGCAACAAUGAUUCGUCGAAUGAAGACGAUGAUGAUGAUUCUUUAAGCGUAGAUUUAUUUGGCACAAAGUUCCUUAUGAAUGGCGGUAGCAAGUAUUCCAACAUGCAAUCUUGGAAAGAUCCCUAUGAGAAUCGGAAUCACGGGAAUAACCAGAAAAACAACGAUCGACGCUAUUCCGUCAAUUAUACAAAUGGAAACUGGAGAAACAUCCAAUAUUCUUCUCGUGGCAAUAAUCGCGAUUUUAGUUAUUCCGAUGGAGUUGGUAGACCAAGUUACGACCCAAUGUAUAAUGGCAAUUCUGAAAACUACGACAAGCAACAAGUAGGCUGUAUCACUCAGUGUUUCUUCAAUGAAUUAAAUAUGGUAGAUCAAAGAGGAUUCCCCGAGCAAAUUUCAAUCAUCCAGUUUAUGACACGUAACAUACAUAAUCCAGAAUUACAGGACUUUAUAGAAGAAGCUAUCAUAGAAUGUUUUCAUUAUCUGGAUUCAGAUGUAAGGCAGGAUAAAUGUUACUUCUCGGAAAAUCUCCUAAUUUGUUUGAUUGAGAAAGGAAAGGAAAGAUGCGAAGAUUGGGAUGAUUAAUAGUAUUGUACAGAUGUUUAUAUAUUAUAUACAUAUAUAU